CUUUGACUCAUGGAGUUUGUAGUUUUUCCAACUAUGCAAUGAUCGGAGUUUCAAAGCAAAUCCGCGCGAUCAAAACUUCAUUACCCACAAUGCAACGCUGAGCGCCAUCGUUUCCGGAUUCGGCAAGCGUGUGACUUUCUGAUUUAGUCACCCAACUUACUGCACUGCCAAGAAUUCAUCCUCUCAGGAGCCACCCAAUGCCUCCCUGUCACCUCUGGGAGUCUAUGAAAGGGGAACAAAAUGUAAAGGGAAUGCUGGGUCCAAUGGCAGCCAAGAGGCUCAUCAGGGAGGCUAUGAGGAGACUGGGGGCUGUGGUUAUACACCACCUUCGGAACUCCAUCAGCACCACUGCCAGAUCAUCUCCUUGUUUCCCUGCCGGCCAGAUUGCUAGUGUCAUGAUAAAUAGUUUUCUUUCAGUACAACCCUAUCCAGAAUUGUCUUAAGAGCCUCGGACAUAGCAUAGCAUAGGAGAAGAGGCAAUGUACAAGAUUAUCAAAUGCAUAUUUUUUUCUGUAGAGAAAUUAUUUCCUCCCUAACUAGUUUUAGUUUGUCUUUAAAAUCACACUAAGAAAAUUAGCAGGAUUUAUUUUAUUCAUUUAUUCUUAUUGUUAUAAUUAUUAUCCAUCCAUUUUCUGUACCGCUUAUCCUCACCAGUGUCAUUGGUGUGCUGGACCAUAUUCCAGCUGAAUCUGGGUGAGAGGCGGGAUACACCCUGAACUGGUCGCUAGCUAAAUGCAGUAUUGUUACAAUUAGGUUUUUGUUUGUUUCUUUGUUUUUUUGUUGUUACAUUUUACCAAAUAAAGCAAUCAUAUAUUCUAUAGCACAAGUGUCAAACUCAAGGCCCGGGGGCCAGAUCCAGCCGGCCAAAUCAUUUUAUGUGACCCGCGAAAGCAAAUCAUGCGUCAGCUUCCAUGAUUAUUGAACAUUUCCAAAUUGUCAUAUGUAUGUAUUUUUUUGUUUUGUUACCAGACCCCUUUUUACAGUAACUUGAACAAUUGCUGUACAAACUAUUAUCCUUAAUGUCUGAUCAAUUUGUUGUGUAGUUGUACCCAACCUCUCGCCCGAAGAUAGCUGGAUUAGGAUAAAGCGGUGCAGAAAAUGGAUGGAUGAUUAACUUUGGAAAUAUAUUUAAUGAGAAAAAUGGUGAUGUGUUAAAUACUUAUUUCAGCCGCUGUAUGAGCAGGUUUGUAUUGAUUGCAUCAAAAAUGCCUCACAUUUGAAAAGAUUUCCUAUGGAUGACAAAAGCGUUUCUGUAGGGUGGAUGGUGGCAUUGUGUGACAGACACAGACUGACGAUCAAUUGUCACCAAAAUGUAUGUGUACAUUUCUAAUUAUGGCCACAUACAACUCUGAAAAUAUCAGCUUAAUCGGCCCGAUAUUUUUUAUUUUAUGGACCUGUUGAGCAUUUUCUGUAUAGUGAGCUGAUAUGGAGAGGAAAAUGCUUAUAAUGUCCAUAAAAUCCAAAAUAAUGGGCCGAUCAUUGUAAUACUGGGAGAGGUUAAAGCUGUCAUGAGUAGAAAUGUCCAAGUAAAUUUUGGUGAUGAUUGGUCACAGUUUUGGUACAUUUAGCCACGUAAAUGAUUGCUUGAAUUCAUGAGGCUUGCCAGAAUGUGGCACUUGCCUGCCGUGUUUGUAUCAUUUUAAUCAAUGACACCCUAAUAAAUUAGUGAAAUUUCAGGAUACUAAAUUAGUGACAGAACAUAAUUUUGGGGUGCUACCGCUGUCAAAAUGAACGGUGAGCAAUAAUUCUAGAACCACACGAAGGGACCUAAUGAAUGCCCUGAAGAGAGCUGGGACCAAAGUAACAAAGAAUACCAUCAGUAACAUUAUGCCGCCAGGGACUCAAAUCCUGCAGUGCCAAACGUGCACGCCUGCAGUGCCAGACGUGCCCGCCUGCAAGAUGCCGCCUACCAGUGUGGUCGCCUCGGUAACGCGCUCUCUAGUAUUGUCUUUGUUUUUGUGUUUUUUGUGGUUUUCGUCCGUCUUUGGAGACCUUACACGACUCACUUACACAAGGGGAGACCUGCUAACCAUCAAGGAGUCUACUCCGGACUUUCUGUCACCAACUUUCGAAUAUCCGCUCAGUUUUUUCCCCGAGUUACUCACCGGAGCGGCGUCCGCGGUUUUCGGCGCAUGGAGACGGAAGCGGCGCCACAGAGGGAAGCGAGCCGGCAUUCAGGUGAAACUCCGCAAGAGAGGACACAGAUUGGCGUUCCCGUCGAUCCACCUCGCGAAUGUAUGCUCCUUACCCAACAAAAUGGACGAGCUUCAUCUUCUGUUAAAGACCAGUAAAGACUUCGGACGUUCCGCGGCCAUGUGCUUCACGGAGACCUGGCUCUGCGACGCUGUACCCGAUGGCGGCAUUAUGCUUCCCGGUUUCCACAUUCAUCGAGCGGACCGCGACAUGGAAUCAUCGGGGAAAACAAAGGGCGGCGGGAUAUGCCUCUAUAUCAACGAAAAAUGGUGUACGGACGUCACGGUGCUCAGCACACACUGCAGCCCGCAUUUGGAGUCGCUAUUCUUAAACUGUAAACCAUUCUACUCCCCACGUGAGUUCGCAUCAUUCAUUCUCGCUGGCGUCUAUAUUCCGCCUCAAGCUAACACGAACGCCGCAUUGCUAACGCUCGCCGAUCAAGUCAACGAAAUUGAAAAAAAACACCCCGACUCACCCCUCAUUAUUCUCGGGGACUUUAACAAAGCUAAACUCAACCACGAACUCCCUAAAUACAAGCAGCACAUCGACUGUCCUACCAGGGAAAAUAAUACUUUAGACCACUGCUACACCACGGUAAAAAACGCAUACCGUGCUAUACCUCGUGCAGCCUUGGGCUCGUCUGAUCACUGCUUAAUUCACUUAAUACCGACGUACAGGCAAGAACUUAAAUGUGCGAAGCCUACAGUGAAAACAGUCAAAAAGUGGACAAAUGAAGCCAAGAUGGAACUUCAAAGCUGCUUAGACUGCACAGACUGGAGUGUCUUUGAAAAUUCAGCUGGCAGCCUGGAUGAAUAUACGGACACUGUCACAUCCUAUAUCAGUUUCUGUGAAGAGGUCUGUGUACCAACAAAAUCAUUUCGCACAUUCAACAACAAUAAGCCGUGGUUCACUGCUAAACUUAAGCAGCUUCGCCAAGCUAAGUAGGACGCAUAUCAGAGCGGGGACAGGGCCCUGUAUAAUCGAGCUAGAAACCAGCUGACCAAAGAAAUUAACAUUGCAAAGAGGAUCUAUACAGCAAAGUUGGAAAAACAGUUUAGCGCAAACGACUCUAAAUCAGUCUGGCAUGCAUUCCAGUCGCUGACUAAUUACAAGCGACGAUCCCCCCAAGCUGAGAACAAUAGCACACUAGCCAAAGACUUGAAUACCUUCUACUGCAGAUUUGAAAAGGACAGUUUCACACCACAC